AAGGCACACUAGGAGCACCUUCAUAAAGACCUACCUCUGUAACGAUCCCUGUCAUCUCCGUCAUUUCACAGCAUCUCCAUCCGUAUUCGCGUUCCUUGUUUGGAGAGUAGUGGGAUCAGAUCUCCAUCUUCUCACUGUCGAAUUGUUCUACUCCUUGGACGAUUGAUUGCAAGAGUAACCUUAUCAUGAACUUCAUCCAUGCUAGCUGCGAGACGAUCGUACCAUCGCCCCCUUGCACUCCUCAUCUCAUCACUCUCUCCAACAAUGACCUGAUCAUGCCCCCCUACUACACAGGCUUCCUCUACUUCUUCCAUGCCCCCACCGAGCCCGAGCACCGCGUGCGUCCCAAGUCUCUCCAACUCGCCCUCGCACGUGCACUUUCAGCAUUUCCCCCAGCCGCGGGUCGCUUGAAAGCCAGGAGCAAUGGCGCGGGCAUGGACAUCGAAUGCAACAACCAGGGAGCUAUUUUCGUGGAGGCCCACGCUACAGCAACGCUUGAAGAUUUACUGAAAUCAGGAAACAGCAGUGCACGAGGUAGGGAUACGUUUCAGCCGAGUCCGUUGUGGAAAUCACUUGCGCCUGACCCUAACGCAAUUGAUCAAGGACCUACAGAGAAACCUCUUCUCUUUACGCAGUUGACAAGGUUAGCUGGUGGAGGAGUGGUGUUAGCAGUCAAGUUGCAUCACUUCGUUAGCGAUGGCGCUGCUCAAGACUAUUUUGUGUCAUCAUGGGCAGAGCUCGCACGGAACGGUGAGAUCUCAGCACUCCCCUAUCUAGACCGCGCAGUCAUGAAAGCUCGAACCCCUCCAUGCCCCUCGUUUGAGCACGUUGAAUACAUCGUCCAUAAGGAAGUGCCCGGUGGAUUUUCGAGCACUACAAAGCCACCUCCCAUGACAUCCAAAAUCUUCGAAUUUCGGACUGAGGAUAUUCUUCUGUUGAAGGACAGAGCCAAUUCACAUGACAAGAAGGACGCCUUCACAGGAUUUCAGGCAUUGGCAUCUCACAUAUGGAAACACGUGACCAAAGCGCGCGGAAUUGAACCCUCAUGCGACAUCAAGCUUGGCUGGGCAGUUGACGGUCGCAAGCGCUUCAAUCCACCACUCCCUACAAACUAUUUUGGGAAUGUGAACUUCUACGGAUGUGUUAAGUCGAACGCAAGGGAGGUGGUGGCCAAGCCUCUCGACUGUGCAGCCACGAGCAUCCGGUCUGCUACAAACCGCAUUACAGACGAGUACAUGCGCUCUGCGCUGGACUUCAUCGAAUCUCAAAUGAAUCCUUUCUUGUUAACAGCCAGUUUCGUAGGCACUGCGGAUUUGGCCAUGACAAGCUGGACUCGCUUUGCAUCGUAUGAGGUAGAUUUCGGGUGGGGCAAGCCAGUCUGGUUUGCACCUCCCAUUUACGACUUCGCAGGAUUGGUAAUUCUGCUGCCUCACCCAACAGACCAGGGUGGAGCAAACAUUCUCAUCGGCAUGUUAGAGGUUCAUAUGAAGGCUUUGCUAACUGAUGCUGAAUUCUAUCCUGUACGGUGACGCGCUUUGAAAAUCUCCAGCAAAGUUGCAUUCCAAAGUGACAAAAUAUGCACAUUAUUGUACAUCACAUUCACUCCGCUUAUUAUUCCUGUAAGGUUUCAUGAA